AUGCUGCCCUGCAGCUCUGCAGCCUCCGACAGGGAACCCUCCUCUGGAGACUGCAGAGGAGGAGCAGAUAAAGAUGUUGAGGAGGAACGUGGCCACGGUGCUAAGGACUGUGAUAGGGCUGAGAGGAUCGGUCAGCAGUGCUGUGCACCUCUGCCCUCAGAUAACUUCUACGGCACACCGAAACCUCCAGCGGAGCCAUCCCCCGCAGCACCUCCUCUGAAUGUAAGUGAGGCCCUGCUGCCCGGAGCCCGGCCCAGCGCCCAGGGCAAGAGGAAGAGGAACCAGUCAGUCAGCAACAUGGAGCAGCGUGCCAGCCUGGAGCCGCCCGAGGAGGAGGAAGAGGAGAGCCCGGUUGUUAACGGCAAUGGGGUGGCCAUCACACCAGAGUCCAGUGAACAUGAGGACAAGAGCACAGAUGCCUCUGGGGAAGUUGCUGUAGAAACGUCCAGCCAGGCCCCAGCCUCUGUCGAGCCCCCCACCGAAGAAGAGGAGGAGGCCCCAAAAUCUCCCUCUAAAUCCCCCGCCAAAGUUCCAGACUUAGAUGAGGAAGAGCUCGGUCCUCUGCCUGACAACUGGGAGAUGGCCUACACCGAGAAGGGGGAGGUCUACUUCAUAGAUCACAACACCAAAACUACAUCGUGGCUGGAUCCUCGGCUUGCAAAGAAAGCAAAGCCACCAGAAGAAUGCAGAGAAGACGAGCUGCCCUAUGGCUGGGAGAAGAUAGAUGAUCCCAUCUACGGCAGCUACUACGUAGAUCAUAUCAAUCGAAGGACUCAGUUUGAGAACCCAGUCCUGGAAGCCAAGAGACGCCUGGAGCAACAGAGGCAGAUGCAGAGCCAGGGACUCUCUGCUCUACCACUACCCACUAUAUACAGAGAGAAGCCAUUGUUUACGAGGGACCCAACCCAGCUGAAGGGGAACUUCCUGUCAACAGCCCUGCAGAAGAGCAACAUGGGAUUUGGAUUCACAAUCAUCGGAGGUGACGAGCCCGAUGAGUUCCUGCAAGUGAAGAGUGUAAUACCAGAAGGACCCGCUGCUCAGGAUGGAAAGAUGGACACAGGUGACGUCAUUGUCUACAUUAAUGACAUCUGCGUGCUUGGCACCACCCACGCCGAUGUGGUCAAGCUUUUCCAGUCCGUACCGAUCGGUCAGAGCGUAACCCUCGUGCUCUGUCGAGGCUAUCCUCUGCCCUUUGACCCCGAGGACCCAAGUGGCGCAGCGAGCACUUCUUUGACACCCAUCGGCCUGGAGCAUCGCCCCCUGGCGGUGAACGGCCGCGGCAGCUACGACCCCUACCUAGAGUAUCUGUCGUUGAGCUCCCAGCUUCCUCCUCAGGCUCUGACCCAGGCCGGGGCCCCUCAUCCCGGGGACACACAUCUGGAUGGCUCAUCUCUGCCGCCCACCACACCUGGUUCCGCAUCCGCACUCACGCCUCACGACGACAAUGUGUCCAUGGCCUCCUCUGGGACUGCAGGUGUUGCUGGGGUACCAGCACAGGGGGCGGAGUUUCUGACAGUUACUAUGGUGAAAGGGGCCGAGGGUUUUGGUUUUACCAUUGCCGACAGUCCCACUGGUCAGCGAGUAAAACAGGUGCUGGAGCCGGGCUCACAGGGAGCGUCGGGGCUGAUCGAGGGAGACCUGAUCCUGGAGGUGAACCAGCAACCAGUGGCUGCAGCCGGACAUGGACGAGUGGUGGAGAUGCUUAAAGAGUGUCCUGUGGGAGCCGAGGCGACUCUCCUCAUACAGAGAGGAGCGACAGGCCACAUCUCUCCUCGGAAGGCCUCCAAACAGUUGCCUGAACAGUGGGAUCCACAUGGCAGCCCCCAAGCGAACCUGUCCGGCCCAGUUGUGCCGCCUGGUACACCCUUCCCAAACCAGCCACAGCACCGCACGUCUGUGCCUGACUCCACCGAGGGCUUCGAUCUUAACAAACCUGACCCCUAUGACCUUUAUGAGAAGUCGAGGGCUAUCUAUGAGAGCCGACGUCCAGAGUACGAAGAGGUGGAGGUGCACCUGCUGAGAGAGAAGACCGGGUUUGGCUUCCGCAUCCUAGGGGGAGACGAGGCCGUGCAGGCUGUGAGUCCGGACGCCCGUGACAAGAUUGUUAUUGGGGCUAUAAUAGAGAACACCCCCGCUGAACGCGAUGGGCGGCUUCGACCUGGGGAUGAGCUCAUUUCUGUGGAUAAAAAUGUGGUUGCUGGGAAACCGCACAAAUACGUAAUAGACUUGAUGCACGCAGCAGCGCGCAACGGUCAAGUCAGCUUGACUGUGAGAAGGAGAGUGCAAAUGCCUGGUGAACUGUGCCCUGUGAAUGGCCGUAGCCCUGGCUCUGUGUCAACACAACACAGUUCUCCACGUAGCGAUGCAGCCUCAGCUUCGGGCCCUCCGGCGGUCGUCGUCCCGGCUGCCACCUCUCCUCCAGAGGGAUCCGCCCUGCAAACCAGUGAUGUGGUUAUUCACCGCAAGGACAAUGAGGGCUUCGGCUUUGUCAUCAUCAGCUCCCUGAACAGACCGGAGAACGCAUCCGUCAUCACUGUGCCCCAUAAAAUAGGACGUAUCAUCGAGGGCAGCCCUGCGGACCGAUGUGGGAAGCUGAAGGUGGGAGACCGGAUCCUGGCUGUGAAUGGACAAUCCAUCAUCAGCAUGCCGCACGCAGAUAUUGUCAAGCUCAUUAAAGAUGCUGGGCUAACAGUCACACUGCACAUCAUACCAGAGGAGGGAUCCCACUCUGGCCCCAGCUCAGAGAAGCAGAGCCCCAUGAUCCAGAAACACAGCCCCCAGACCCAGCCCAGCCCUGUAGCCCAGCCAGGCCAAGGAGGCACCCAGCCCAGCCAAACGGCCACUCAGACAGGUCAAAUACCUGUCCUGCCUGGCCAGACACCAGCACAGACGAGCCAAACAGUAACUGGCCCUUCUGCACCAGCUGGAACCCAGCAGAGCCCGGUCACCCAGCCCUCAGGCCCCCCUCCACAGCUCUACCUCCAUGACGGCAGGUCAGAGGUUAAAGCCAGGCAGGAUGUCAAACCUGACUACCGGCAUCCUCCAUUCACUGAUUACAGGCAACCUCCAGUAGACUAUCGUCAUCCUCCGGUUACUGAUUAUAGACAGCCGCCAACGCUGGACUACAGACACCCGCCUGGUCUGCUGGACUUCAGACAGCACCCUGCAGCGGCACAGUUUCCUCUGGGGAUCCCUCCUGACUUCAGACCACAGGACUAUGAUUACUUUACGGUGGAGCUGGAGAAAAGUGCAAAGGGUUUUGGCUUCAGUAUCCGCGGGGGCAGAGAGUACAAGAUGGACCUAUUUGUGUUGCGCCUUGCUGAAGAUGGUCCUGCCAUACGUAAUGGAAGGAUGAGGGUAGGGGAUCAGAUCAUAGAGAUUAACGGGGACAGCACUCGGGACAUGACUCACGCCCGCGCCAUUGAACUCAUCAAGGCGGGAGGCAGGCGGGUCAGGCUGCUGCUGAAGCGAGGCACAGGACAGGUGCCAGAAUAUGACUGUGCCGGCCCCUGGGAUUCCCUUUCUACAGCCCACUCUGCCCUGCAGGAAGUGACCCUUGAACCCUACCCGAAUCCAUUGCUCUCAUUCCAUCCAGCCUCAGCCCCAGACACCCCUCAUCCGCUCCCUCUAGAGGCCACAGUGUGCAUGGCAGACAAAGCUCCACAGCUGACAGACCACAGCUCCAUGAGAGGGGCUACAGGUGGCGGGUCCACCCAGCAGAAGUGCAUCAUCAGGGGGCAGGGACCUGGAGAGGUGGACUGUGGACCAGGCGAGAGAAAGCCUCGUGCUUUGCCUCCCAAAGCUGUCCUGGGGAGGUCCGUUGAAAGAAGAGAGAGGCAGCGGGAGACUUGCUCCCCCUGCUGUGAGAGAAAGGGCCUGCACACACAGGCGAUGAGCACUGUCUGGCCCUGGGACCCUUAUGUUAGUGUGAAUUUCAAUGGAGCCUCUCUAGGCAGUGGAGAUGGACAUGUCAGCCUCCAGGAGAGGCUGGUGUCCAGAGGUCUGUUCCCCAGAGAAGAUGAGAGGGCCAGUGGCCACAGUGGGCUCUGCUGCCAGUCUAAAACCAUGGAAGAUCCUCCUGCUAGGAGCGCAGCGGCCUCCCCCGGGCCCUGGAACGUCCCUGGGUCUGACAAACUGCCUGGCACCCUGAGGUCCUGGACCUCCACAGUAAGCAGGUAGAAUGGAUCUUGCUGGUUUGGACUGGAUCACACUGUCUGGCUCCUCGUUCAGUUCACCACCGGAUGUCUGAGAGAAGCAGUAAAUUUCCCUCACCCUCUCUUGCAGUCCUGUUUUCUUCUCCAGCCACUUCUAAAAUCAUAUUUUAUGUUUCAUUUGUUUUUACGAGAUAAAUAUUACACCCACCACCUUAAAAACAGAGGAACUUCACAGCUAUUGUAACAUACAGUAUAAAAGUGAUGGAGACACCUGGAUUUGUUAUCACAGAUGGAGCAACAAUGUGUGAUUCUGAGUGGAGCUGUGCUUUUGACGUGUACCUUUAACUGCCCGACUGUAUCUUGCUCAGAUUGGUUAGUGCAACUUAACCUCAGAUGGAACAAGGUUCCUCGCAGGAGAGAGACAUAUGUACAUCCAAGAGAUUUACUUUUGCUCCAUUUUCUCUAAGCAGUGGGAAGAAUGAGACUACAAAUCUGUCAGAGGGGGAGGCAGUGACACGGACACUCCUGGAGGACAUGGCACUGAUCCAAGUGACAGCCUGGUUAACCCGACAUAUGUUAGAUCUCACAUGCCUACCAAUAUAUCAUAUACUGUAAAUGUAAAGAUGUGAAAAAUAUGUACAUUUGGUGUUUUUGAGGCAGUGUUGUAGUUAGAUACAUUGUAAAUAAAAGAAAAACACCAGAACAGUAUUUUAGGAUCACUAUUUCCAUGGCCUCGUCUACGGAAAGUAUUCAGACCCCUUUCAAUUUUUCACUCUGUUUCAUUGCAGCCAUUUGCU